CUGCCUGCUACACGCCCCGAGUAGUCUCACCAUUGCAGUCACCACUUUCACCUGAGGAAAGACAAGAGGCCGCGAGUUCUCACUCCACAAGACCAACAUGAAAACAACACAUCGGUUAAUGGCCGCCUUCUACCUGUGCGGGCUUUUGUUUCUUUACCAUAUCGACUCUGUGAACAGCCUGAGAUGCAAGGUCUGUUCGUACACUGACCCUAACUGCAAUUCUGGCAACGUGGCAGAGAGAGAGUGCCAGCCGAACCACACCUGUGCAAUUAUUAGAGAGUUCUCCACAGUGGACCCGGGCCACGGUACUACAAUGCGUGGCUGCGCAACGGAAGCAGAAGGUUCCUUCUGCGUGAGUCUUUUGGGUACUUGGAAACGGUGCCAGCUCUACUGCUCCACAGACAACUGUAACAGCGCAUCCAAUCUUGGUGAAUAAUGAGAGAAGAACUGCCUUUACCUUGAUCAUUUUGUCAGAAUACGCCACAGACAUAAAAAAAAACAAACUAUGGGUUUAGUAUUUUUAUUUUAUAAUAGGAAAUUAGACUUCAAUAAAAUUUUAUCCAAAUAACGCAACAAAAUAAACCAUGUAAUCCCACUUAAA